CUCUCGGCUUGAAGAAGAAUACGCUGUGUUUUUCGUUUUCCUCAUGUAAUGUCGGACCGCUUUUAAAAAAGAAACACAAACUUUUCUGUCUCCAUGCGGGAGAGGAAACACUUCGGAGUGGGUUUUGCUACUUUUUCGUUUGUUCCAGUUGGGAUUGUGUGAGCUGUCGCGUUUCAGUGCUGUCGCGUUUCAGUGCGGGAAUGACUCACUUUUCGCCGUAGCUCCAUGUAAAUCUUUUCUUUUUUUUUGUUGUCGCCCAGCGGACUCUCUGCCGCUGCUACUGGAUAUACGAGGACGUUUUUUUUUUUUUUGCGCAGUACUUUGCUGUAAAUGGAGCGCCAGUCCAGUUUCAUUUCCAUUUGGCUACAACUGGAGCUCUGCGCCAUGGCUGUGCUUCUCACUAAAGGAGAAAUACGGUGCUACUGCGACGCGCCGCACUGCGUGGCCACCGGCUACAUGUGCAAGUCUGAGCUGAACGCCUGCUUCACCAAGGUCCUGGACCCGCUCAACGGAAACUCCCCCCUCACCCACGGGUGUUUAGACCCCGUCGCCAACGCGGCGGACAUCUGCGGGAGCAGCUCCGGGGCCGCCGACGUCCUCGCCGGGGCCUCUGCACUGGAGUGUUGUCACGACGACAUGUGCAACUACAGAGGCCUGCACGACCUGGCGCACACCAGGGACUCGACAGAUCACAGCCGGUACCAGCCCGACGGCGGCAACAGGAACCUGGUGACCCGGGUCCAGGAGCUGGCCUCGGCCAAGGAGGUCUGGUUCCGGGCGGCGGUGAUCGCUGUCCCGAUCGCCGGCGGCCUCAUCCUGGUGCUGCUGAUCAUGCUGGCGCUGCGGAUGCUGCGCAGCGAGAACAAGCGGCUGCAGGACCAGCGGCAGCAGAUGCUGUCGCGGCUCCACUACAGCUUCCACGGCCACCACACCAAGAAGGGCCACGUGGCCAAGCUGGACCUGGAGUGCAUGGUGCCCGUCACGGGCCACGAGAACUGCUGCCUGACCUGCGACAAGAUGAGGCAGGCCGACCUGGGCAACGACAAGAUCCUGUCCCUGGUGCACUGGGGGAUGUACAGCGGCCACGGCAAGCUGGAGUUUGUAUGACUCCCGCCAGGAGCUACGUGACUGUCAGGACCGCCUCUUCGCUGUCGGCUUCUGCUUCUGUUUAAAAGACAUUCCCAUGUUUUUGUUUUUUCCAUUGGACUUUUGGGUUGCUGGUUCUUUUCAACCAGUGGCGGAAAGAAAAUACGAGACUGAUCUCAUGCCGUGUUUAUUUUUUAUUUUUUUUGCUAGAGGAGCACUUUACUUGAAAAAAUGAAAGGCAGAGCAACAAGGAGCUGUAUUUAAAAGUGGAGACGGGCAGAACUGAGGUGGAGCGAGAGCUCCGUCACUGCUCCGGAGGAUCCUGGACUUUCACACUGAGCGCUGAAGGAUUCCAAAUCUGUCUUAUUUGCACAUUUGUAAAAAAACAAAACAAGUUGUUGCUUAAAACACAAAUUUUACACUGACGCCAGGGUACAAAAAAGUGUUUGACUGUUGGUGCGCACACUCCUCCUGUGUACGUUUUCACGAUUCAAGCUUAUUGUAAAGAUUUGAAAAAGAAAAAAAAAAAAAAAAAUUAUAUAUAUAUAAUUUUUUUUUUUUUUUUGUCUGAUGAAACUGACCGGUGUGUGUCUUGUUCUGGGUGAAUGUCCAACAUCUCUCUCUGUGAUCAGACUAUAAGCUUGAAUGUGAGUGUGAAAGAAAAAAAACUUCCAUUAAAAUGA